AUGCCUGUGACUUUCCGGGUCGCGCCACACCUUGCUGCGCAAUUCGGAAAGGACUGCGGGAACUCCAAUAAGACACCGAAGGAUUUGCUACAAGCUGCGUGCGCGGGGCAGUGGGGACGAUGUGAGGAGGUAUUCCAAAGCUCCGUCCUGGAGGACGAAGUCGCGACUUUAUAUCCUCGGAGCAACGGCUUUGUAUACACGGUCAUGCAAGCAUACAAUACCCAUCAUCAUUUGAGCUUAAGGCCAGACGAUGUCUGGAUAGCCAUUCUGAGUCAAUUCAGCUUCUACAUGAACUCUCAUACAACGCUGUUACGCACUCUGUUUCCUAAUCGCACAAAGAACGCCCUCAGCCUUGCUUGCGAGGUUGGGUGCCCUCGAAAUCCAGUUGACUUCGGGAGCAUGGCGCGUCAGACGACAGAGCACCUACACAAAAAUGUAUGCGACGAAGGGUUGACGAGAUGGAUUCUCCCCGAUUUCACAACAACAACGUUGGUCGAUACAACAGUGUGCUCGGUGAUGAUGAUGUCAAUGGUCAAUUCAUGCUUCGUAUUCGACAUGCUUUGCGCCUGCGGUAUACCUUCUGUGACACUCGAGGGCGAGAAGGCGGACUGGCAGAAGUUGCUGGACCGUAUCGGCCGACUUGAAUCCUUCGGCCCAGAACCUCGCACGUGGGCGGGGAUGCUCCGCCCAAUCCUCGGUCGCUUUGUGGAGGCGUUCGAUGGUAAGCCGGACAUCGAAUUCUGGAAUCAUGUCGCGCACUAUAAUCCGACAUCGUAUGGUGCCGACGAUCUCAGCGGCUGGAUAUCUGCGUUCUGCGUGUGGUCCAGCAAGGGUGCUUGGCAGGCGGGGACAACGAGUGUCGAUGGAUGUCAGGGUCUUGAGCGACGUCUCGUCCUCGACGGCGUAACCUACCCGCAGAUGUCCACCAUGUUCAUACCAGAAGGUUACUGUGAGGUCGAUAUCACCCUGAAUACUGGUGGUGCCAUGCUGGACUGCUUGAUGGUGGCAGGGCACAUGGCGAUGGGUGUCGCUGCGGUCACAGGACAUGGAUAUGUCCGUGCACCGACCGGAAAUAUGGUCAGUCCCGCCCCUCAGUGGUUCGUGCUCUUGAAGAGCAAACACAUACACGUAAGGCGCCGGUCGGUGUGGGACGAUCUGUUUCCUCCUCCACUACCGCCGAAGUCAAAAGAACAAAGCCGAUCGGCGACGGAGACACGCGCAGUAAGGACACAAGAAAAACAGCGGGACCCGUUCGCUGAAUUGGCGUCGCCAUUUGCGCGCAAUUCGCCCCAGAGCGCAGGCGUUCCGAGUUACGGCGUUCCACAGCGACGGAUCGCACAAUGA